UGGUGCCAAUUCGCAAGGUCUCUGAAAUUUUGGGGCCAAACUGCUUCUGAAGCUAUCCAUCAUCUUCCUCUUCCAAACCAUUGUUAGGGUUUCAAAUUUCUCACUCGGAGCUUCCAAAUUCAUCCAUAAUUCAACCCAAUUGCGCAACCAUAUCAUAGUUUUCGGCUGAUACAACUCGCCGUAUCGUAAUCCAUCAACGACUCCGCGUGUUUUCUGUCUGCACACCAAUGUUGGCUACAAGUGCAGUUGUAUCUUUGCCCAAAUUACCACCAGUGAGAAGAGGUGGCCACUGCGUGGAAGAGAAUGGUGUUUCUACAGUUAAAUUUCCAAGACGACUACAGACUGUUAAUAAUUCAAGAUCAUUAAGUUGUACACAGUUUCCACUAGGUAGAGGAACUCGUCGUUCUACUCAGGCAGCAACUAUAAUAUGUGCUGCAGCUUUGAAUGCAAGAUGUAGUGCAGAGCAAACUCAAACUGUUUUACGAGAGGCUCCGACAAUUACCCAUCUUCCAGGUAAGGAGAAGUCCCCACAAAUUGAUGAUGGUGGAAGUGGAUUUCCGCCUCGUGAUGAUGAUGAUGGCGGGGGAGGAGGUGGAGGUGGAGGCAACUGGUCUGGUGGAUUUUUCUUUUUUGGGUUUCUUGCUUUUCUUGGCUUCUUAAAGGACAAAGAAAAUGAAGAUGAAGGUUACGGUUACAGGGAUAACCGAAGAAGGCGGUGAUAGGCAAGAACAAAUGUAUGCUUUGUUAGAAGAUUUUGCUGUUGUAUUCUUUAAUUUCCUUAUCAUAUAUAAGUACUGUAGAAUAUAUUGGUCAACAGGGGAUUAUUCUAUAAGAUGAAGUAUCACUGAACUUUCUGUUACUGCUAAUCUGUUACCAAGGAAAAAGCUUAUAUAACGUAACGAGUAACAAAUAUUGUCAUUAAUUGUAAGAUUUGGUAGUGGAAUUGUUGUGAUAUUUGUGGUGCAUCAAAUUUUAAGUAGUUUUGAAGUA